AUACUGUGUGGCCUCCAGAACACAAUAUCUGAAGGAUAAUGAAAGGAUCAGGUAAGAACACCUGGCAGCAUUUCUAGAGACCAGACUGGUAGAAGACUGAGCUUCAGUAUAAAGCAUCUUCACCAAGUAUAACAGUUACAAUUGGACAUCAGUCAGUGAUGACGAUCAAUUGGUCUGGAUGUCUCUGUUUGACUCUCCUCCUUCUUCGGCAGACUACUGUCUCCACAUUGGAGAGGUUUGAGGUUCUUGGUCCAGCUCAGCCUAUAGUUGCUGUAGCUGGUGAAGAUGUUGUUCUGCCCUGUUACCUCAAACCCAACAUCAGUGCUGUGGACCUGAGUGUUGAGUGGUUCAGAGUUCAGACCGGUAACCCACUUGUACAUCUUUAUCGGGAUCAUGAGGACAGAUAUGAGAAGCAGAUCCCAUCCUACAGGGGAAGAACAUCGUUGUUCCUUGAAGAACUGAAGAAGGGAAACACUUCAUUAAAACUCUUUGGUGUUAGAGGCUCUGAUGAUGGACCAUAUAAAUGCUUUGUUCAGUCUCAACAAUGGCAAGAUGAUUCAUGGAUUAACCUGCGUAUUAAAGCUGUAGGAACCCAACCAGUGAUCUCCAUUGAAGGAUAUAAAGAAGGAGGAAUCAGUCUGGUGUGUGAAUCUAAAGGCUGGUACCCUCAGCCUCAAGUGGUCUGGAUGGACAGUGAAGGACACAACCUCACAGCUGGACACACAGAGAUGCACAGAGACAGUAUGGAUCACUAUAUUGUGAGACGACGUGUUAUUGUACAGGAGACAGAGACCAACAGGUUCACUUGUCGAGUUCGACAGCAGCAGAUGAAUGAAAUGAAAGAGACAAUAACUGACAUCCCUGGUGAGAUGUUCCAUCGUGCCCAUCCUUGGAAGGUGACCUUUGCUGUGGGCUUCAGUCUGUCUGCUGUUGGUAUUAUUGGAUGCACAGUUUUGAUUCACUAUUUUGUAAAACUGCGGAGAAAGAGAGGUCAGCUCAAAGAACAGCAUGUUCAGCUCCAGGAACAGCAUGGACUGAUCACCAGUCAACUGAAACUUGUAAAGGCACAAAGAUAUGCAGUUGAUGUGACUCUGGACCCUGAUACAGCACAUCCUGAACUCAUCCUGUCUGAGGACAGGAAACAAGUGAGGAAUGGAGACACAUGGCAGGAUCUCCCUGACAACCCAGAGAGGUUUAAUUGGUGGUCCUGUAUCCUGGGAAAAGAGGGGUUUUCUUCAGGGAAACAUUACUGGGAGGUGCAGGUUGGGAACAAGACUUACUGGAGACUAGGAGUGGCCAGUGAAUCCAUCAACAGGAAAGGGUAUUUUCCGCUGGAUACUAAUAAUGGUCUCUGGUCUAUCUGGCUGCAGAAUGGGAAUAAGUAUGAGGCUUUCACUGACCCCCCUGUGUUGCUCCACCUGAGUGUGAAGCCCCGGAAGGUGGGGGUGUUUGUGGACUAUGAGGAGGGUGAGGUCUCUUUUUACAGUGUGGAGGACAAGUCUCAUAUCUACACUUUCACGGGAUAUAAAUUCACUGAGAAACUCUGUCCAUUCUUCUGCCCAGGCUUCUGGUAUCGCAGUGAGAACUCAGCCCCACUGAUCAUAUCUCCUGUCAGUGACAUAGACUGAAGAAAUUGAUUUUAGCUUUUAAUGUUCAGAUCAUGAUGCCAUAUUCUGAUUUAUUGUCCAA